AUGGUCAAGAUUGCUAUUGCUGGCGGUUCAGGCAAUGUUGCUCAGGAGAUCAUCGAUGUCCUCGUUGCAGCUAAGAAACAUGAAAUUGUGAUCCUGUUUCGGAAGGUUUGUUCCCCCAUUCCCCCUCUAGCCGACUACAACGACCCAGCGCAGUUGACCCAAGUCUUGCAAGGAGUGCACACCGUACUCUCCUUCGUCACCACCCAAGAUGAUUCAACAAGCAAGGUCCAGAAAAACCUCAUCGAUGCCGCCGUGCAGGCCGGCGUGAAGCGCUUUGCGCCUAGCGAAUGGGCUUCGUGGGUGUCCUCCCAGCAUAGCUCGGUCUUUGCUAAUCUCUCCAGAUCCGGUCUGGAGCACCUGAGCUGGUACACUUACAAGAGAGAAACGCGCCGGUCCUUUGAAUACACGCUCUUCCAAUCAGGCCUCUUUGUGAACUAUUUGACCCACCCUCAUCAGUUGUCCCGACAUGUACACUCGAUGGAAACCCCAUUCGACUUUGCCAACCGCCGAGCCAGCCUGCUGGAGGGUGGCGACGAGGACCGUCUUGUUUUGACGGCCGUACAGGAUGUGGCCAACGUGGUGGCACGAGCCAUCGACUUUAAGGGCGAGUGGCCGGUUGUUGGGGGGAUCAGAGGUACCAGUGUCACUAUCGCGGAGCUCAUUGCUCUCGGGGAGAAAAUUCGCGGUGCGUGA